AUGCAGGUCAACACUAGAGAUACCUCGACCCUGCCCAUCCGGGGGCCGGCCGACCGGCAGAAACCCUCCCAGGCGCUCUUUCUUCGCCCGGCCCAAAUGAGUCUGUUUGCACGAGUGACCUGCUACCCGCCGCUCGGUCAAUCAACCUGUGUCCAGCGGGUGCAGAAGGCACUGCGGUCUGAAGAGGAUGAUUCGCUCCACUUCACUGUCGUUAUUGAAUCAAGCAUCGCAUUUCCGGCGCAGUCCUGGGAAGCACAGAUUUGGCACAACAUCACCAGUACCGAAUGGACUGCUCUGCCGCUCAAAAAGCGUGAUCCAUCGUCUGCACCUCUGCUGACCGGCAAUGAAGCCGAGUACGGCUAUCAUCGCUAUGUAUUCUCCGACGAAAUCAAACUUCCCGCUGCAGGAGGACAUGCUCAAUUCACUGUGCGGUUCCGGACCAAUCCUGACACGGAAUGGCAGUGGGCCAAUCAGCAGCGCCCCGUGAGUGAUGGAGAGGUGGUAUUCACUCCUCGGAACCUGCAGCUUGUACAAGGCUCCUCGACCGAGUCAGCGACUACUCCCAAUGCCAAAGAAGAACUUGGAAAGUAUAUAGACAGUCUUUCGUCCAAUGUGCAGGUCGAGUCCCGCGCGAGUGAAGCCCCCGGGUCCACUCUUUGGUCUGUCUCUGGGGACGCGGAUCAGGCCAGAGAAGGAACCUCGGGCGUCAAGCUGGUGCCUCUGGGGACUCCGUCGUCUCUCCUCAAGUAUUUUGCCUUGGUGAGGAUAUGGAGUCCCUGGUUGGGGCCCCGGCAUGGUAAAGAUAAAUUCCGACUUACGGAAGAUGCACUACUGUGUUCAUUUCUACGAAAGGAUGGAUUUCACCUGGUUCUUCUUGCAGUAUCAGGUGUUAACGAUGUCCUGACUGUUCUCCAAUCCAGCGAUAAUGGCGAAAUAAUGAUCAAGGCGCGAAGCGAGAAUACGGGAACUUCCCAAUUUCAAGUCCUCGUCGCUGUUGCGGAGAACUUUGAAGUGGCCAUGUCUGCCGUGAUGUACGAAGCACGAAAAGUGGUAAAACCGUUCACCGAAGCUGCCAAUCUUUCCCCCGCAGCAGGCGAAGAGUCCUCUCCUAUUUCGGCUCCGGGAGACGAUGACAUGGUGGUUGUAGAAAAAGACCCGAAAAUGCAGUGGCUCACUGAAUGGUUUGAUGGUCUGACUUAUUGCACCUGGAAUGGACUGGGUCAAAACUUGACCGAAGAAAAGAUCUUGCACGCCUUGGAAGCUUUGAAAGCUCAAGGAAUCAAAGUCGUCAAUCUCAUCAUUGACGAUAACUGGCAGACUGUGGAUAAUGAAGGAGAGUCACAGUUCAAAAGGCGCUGGCAACAAUUUGAAGCCAACCCUAAGGGCUUUCCUCGGGGUUUGAAGGAGACCGUGGAGGCCAUUCGCCGGAAUAAUCCAAGCAUCGAGCACAUCGCCGUCUGGCAUUCUCUCCUGGGAUACUGGGGAGGUAUAUCGCCAGAUGGUGAUCUCGCCCAGAGGUACAAAACCAAAGAGGUGAAAGUCAAAGAUCCAGCUGCUGGGGGUCCCAUUGCGCAUAAUAUCACCGAUGGCAAGAUCUUGGCCAUUGAUCCGGAUGACGUGCAGCAAUUCUACAACGAGUUCUACAGCUAUCUCACCUCCGUGGGUGUUGACUCGGUUAAGACAGAUUCGCAAUUCUUCCUUGAUCUUCUCGAAGACCCGGAAGACCGCAAGCGCUUCAUGACAUCCUACCAAGAUGCUUGGUCGAUCUCAGCCCUAAAACACUUUGACACGCGGUCAAUCUCAUGCAUGUCAUUGAUUCCCCAGAUCAUCUUCCAUUCUCAAUUGCCCAACAACAAGCCAGCAAUCCCCAUACGGAAUUCGGACGACUUCUUCCCAGAGGUGCCAGCAUCCCAUCCAUGGCAUCUCUUUUGCAAUGCACACAAUUCCCUACUCACGCGAUACUUGAACGCUUUGCCCGACUGGGACAUGUUCCAGACCAGCCACCCAUACGCCUCGUUCCACGCCGCGGCACGAUGCGUCUCCGGGGGCCCAGUUUAUAUCACCGAUGAACCCGGCAAACACGACCUCAACAUUCUCAACCAAAUGACUGCGCCUACUGUCCAAGGAAACAGCGUUAUUUUGCGGCCCAGCGUGGUCGGCCGCACUAUCGACAUCUACCACGACUACAACGAGGGCCAUGUACUGCGGGUCGGGUGCUACACCGGCUGGGCCAAAACCGGAAGCGGGAUCCUAGGUCUCUUUAACAUCCAGUCUGCGGAGGCAUCAUGCAUGGUUUCACUCAUGGAUUUCCCGGGAAUCCACGAGGACGCCGAUGGGCAGUACGUCGUGCGCGCACACAACAGCGGCAAAAUGACCUCGCGGAUGCGGCCACUAGCCCGGGAUUCUUUGGUUUCUGUCGUCCUGUCGCACAAGGGCUGGGAAAUCCUGACUGCGUACCCGACUCGAUCGUUCACAUUGAGGGGAAGUCAUGGAUGUAAUGCCCCUGGCAGUAGUUUGACCCAUGUGGCAGUUCUGGGGUUGUUAGGCAAGAUGACCGGCGCCGCGGCCUUGGUGACUUCAGACAUUUCAGUCGUAGAGAAUGGGCGCUUGCGGUUUGAUAUCACCUUGAAGGCGCUGGGUACCCUUGGCAUUUAUUUCUCAGAUCUGCAGGACCGCAGCAUUGCACACAAUUUCAUGGUCAUGAUCUCCGGACAGGCCGUGCCCCGGAAGACGGUGUGGAAGGAGGGCGGCGAAGAUGCCAAUGUGCUGGCGAUAGAUGUGUUGGCUGCAUGGAAGGCCUUGCACCUGGACAGCGGAUGGAGCAACGAAGUGGUCGUGCAGGCUUUUGUAGGUUGA